CACAUUCCACUGAAGACUGGAGCCUUCGCAUAUAGUUCACUGUAUGUUCAUUCGACUUAGUUUUAUAGUCACCACGUAGAUGGCAGCAUACGUUAAUUCAUUUGACGUUUAAUGUUUUUUAUAGGUAAAAAGAUUUUUCCAUUCAUGUGAAUUUACUAUUUAGAGUGAAGACACACACAAGGUCAGAUCAGUGUUAUUGUAAGUUUAGUGAAGUUCUAAUGUGGUGCUUAUUAAAACGAUCUUAGUGUGUAUCUCUAAACACUUAAAUAAAAAUGAAAGUGUCGCCGAAAUCUUUUCAAAACAUCGCCAAGAUGUUGGACUUCUACUCGCAAUUCAACCCUUCUCCAUUAUCUAUAAAAAAAUUCAUCGAUUUUGGUUUGAAUGCAUCAGAAAAAAAAUCCUUCAUAUUCCUGCGAAAAGAAAUGCCUGUACGAUUAGCUAAUAUCAUGAAAGAGAUCGCCCUCCUUCCAGAAAACCUCCUACGUAUGCCCAGUGUAGUAGCAGUCAAUGAUUGGUACAUGCAGAGUUUUCAAGAAAUCAUAGAAUUCGAAAAAAAGGAAGCAAACGCAGAAACCGUAGAACAUUUUUGUAAUGAAUUAGUUAAGAUCAGGAAUAGACAUACGAACGUAGUUGAAACGAUGGCUCAGGGUGUUUUGGAGCUGAAGGAAUCUCACGACGUAGACCAGCAUACUGAGCAUAGUAUUCAGUACUUCUUGGAUCGGUUUUAUAUGUCGAGGAUAUCUAUUAGAAUGUUGAUUAACCAGCAUAUUAAAUUAUUUUCAGCUUUACUAUUUGGCGGUCAGUUGGAAAACGCCCCUGGACCAAACAGUAGCAAGUACAUCGGUUGCAUAGACACCCAAUGUGACGUCGUGAGCGUGAUCAAAGAUGCGUAUGAGAACGCGAGGUUUCUCUGUGACCAGUACUAUUUGGCAUCACCGGAUCUAAUCAUAGAUAUAUCUAGGAAUAACAUAACUGAAGAAGAAACUAACACAAAUAUAGUCUACGUACCAUCACACUUAUAUCACAUGCUUUUUGAGCUAUUUAAAAAUUCAAUGAGAGCCGUCAUGGAAUACUACGGAUCUGUUGAUCAAUACCCACCAAUAACUGUCACAAUUUCGAAAGGAAAAGAAGAUUUAUGUCUAAAAAUGUCAGACCGAGGUGGUGGUAUUGCCCGAUCGACCACAGAUCACCUUUUCAAAUACAUGUACUCGACGGCACCCCAACCAAGCAAAUCAGACGCCCAUACCGUUCCUCUGGCUGGCUACGGUUAUGGUUUACCUAUUUCUAGGUUGUACGCUAGAUAUUUUCAUGGAGAUCUCAUACUUUUGUCCUGUGAGGGAUGCGGAACUGAUGCAGUUAUCUAUAUGAAGGCUUUGUCAAACGAAGCCAACGAACUCCUGCCCAUCUUCAAUAAAACCACGUCGAAGUUCUACAGAACUGUCGUCCGCACUAACGAUUGGUCGAACCAAUGCACCGUCAUUGGAGAUAGGCAAAUUGCGACCAAGUCGAAACGUCACGAGCUGUCCCACUCCAGUCAAGAAUCGAUGACCAGGGCCUUAUAGUAUUAUGAGGACGAUCAUUUCGAGAAAAUGUAAUAAGUUAAAAAUUUAGUAGAAGUGUGGAAAAUGAGUUGUUGUAUUAUGACGGGUAUAUGUAAUAUGCUAGAUGUAGGUAAUGUACAGAUAUAAUUUGCUUCUAUAGGGAAAUCGUAUAGAAAAGGGUACAUACGCUACAAAUCUUCUCCCGUUGACCAAUGAAUUAAAUUCAUAAAUUAAACUUUUUCAAGUUUCCCUAAAUGUGGGGAAAUUUAAGGUCACGUGACCAAAAUCCUGCGUACUGGAUGGUCGAGAGCAUCAAAAAUGUACGGAUUUGUCGGAAAUUUAAGGAAAUUGUUUAAUA